AUGAAUGAUGAGCUCAGUUUUCUUGAGGAUGUGCCCCCAGAAACAUUAAUUGCACAGAUAUCUAGACAUAAUGUUUUACAAGAAGAUAUGGAAAGACUGUUGUGUUUAGAAAACAUAAGAAAAGCAUGGUUAAAUGACCAGAUAAUUAACGCUUACUUAAAACUGAUUGAAAAUGCUGCUGAGAAGGUUGGAGUGUUAGAUGUGUACUUUUUCACAUCUAUUCUUGAUUGUAAAGAAACUGCUAAACAUUAUAUUAAAGACAUGCACAGAGGAAAGGACAUUAUUCUAAUACCUGCAUGCAAUAAAGGAAGAGAUCACUGGACAUUGUUGGUUGUGGACCUAAAGAAAGAUUCUGUCAUUGUUGUGGAUUCAAUGAGGUCCAAGACUAAUCCGGGUGUCAUACUCAUAGAAUACAUGCGUAAGAAUCCACUUUUGGGAAAGAACAAAGUCUGGACAAUUAAUGUAUUAAAGGGUUUGCCUAAACAGCAGAAUGGAUGCGAUUGUGGGAUAUUUAUGUGCCAGAAUGCAGUGAAAAUGGCAUUUGAUCUGCCUCAAUUUGUUGUGCAGGAAGAGAUUCAUUGGAUACGAAGAGCAAUGGCAGUCGAGAUCUUAACUGGCAGGCUUAUGCCAAGAAUAUAAGAAACGUAGUUUGUGCCAAUUACAUUCAGAUAUUACCUGAGUAUCAACCUUUGAAUGAACGAGAUGUGUACGUAAUAUUUGAAAACAAUAUCAUUGAUAUACAGUGGUGAGGAAAAUUACAGACAUCCAUGUGUGUAAAUUUAAAACACAUCAUCAUGCAAACCAAUGAUUUGAAGAGUAUGGUUUCAUUAAUUGCAGAGUGGAGCAGUAAAGUUUGUGUAAUUCAAUUUGCGUGUUCUCUCUUAAGUGGGUACAGUUAGAAUGGUUUAUAAACUUUGAUAAUUAAUGUUACACAAAAACUGUUCUUGGUAAAAUGUAAGAUGAUUCAAUUUCUUACCGUCUUGCCUAAGUGACAAACUAGGAUCGCGCAGGCAGUUACGGAAUUCGAGCUUAUUAGCUUUCACCGCCCGGCCCUAAACGAUUUUUGUGAUUUAUUUUUAGACUUUUAUUUCAGCAUCCAAAUCUCAUUAAAUGAGCUGGUAUUUGCAAUUGUUUUGUGUAAAUCGUACAUGGCUGCUCCUUGUGUGCGGUAAUUAAUUUCUUUAUUUUGAAUAUAUGAUAAAUAUUUUAUGUAAGUCUACAAAGAGUAUUUUGGUUUGUUAUGUACAUCUUUCAUUACAUUAUAAUCUUAUUUUUCAAAUAGAUAAAGGUUAUGUUUUCAUAGCAUAAUCAUCGGCGUUUGCAUUUAUUGCCAUUUAAUCACUUCACUCAGGUGACCUUUUCUACCUAUGUAUCCGUCGUUAUCAAAUUUUCUAUCAAACAAAUAUCCUAAAAAAUUCCUUUGAAUUUGACUAAACAUUACGGGAAUGACUUUUAAUAGACCCUCAACGAAAUAUUUAAAAUGCAUCGUUUAGCGCUUUUUGUAGUACUCUUUUGUAUAAAACAUUGCGUCGAGAGUUUCUAUCAAAUUUAUAUGAAUAUGAGGCAUAUAGGUUAGAUAUUUGGCCUGAAUCAUCAUUGCCUUAAUUUACCAAAACUGUGUUUGCCUCGCUGGUCACUUAGUUUCACAUAUAAUUAUUUAAAAAUGUCCUGGAAUUUUAAAUGGGGCACUUAGUUUAUAUAGACUUUUUUAGAAGAAACACUUAGUCAGGGAAGUGUUAAUUGUUCAGAGAAUUAGUUGCAUCAUUUCACCUUUUUCCAUUAGCGGCCCUCUAUAAAGAGAAAUUAUUACACAAAUAGGGCAAAAAAAGGACGCAUUCGAUGAACUUACGUUCACAUUGAAGCCUAGCUAUGGGUUUCUGGUAAAAUAUCUAGAAACAUCAUGACAAUUUUAUUAAGUUAUAAUAGAAGCCGAACAAAAUAUGUGCUACAAUUUUCUUUGUUAUUGUGUUCUAUGACUGCCAAUUACAUGCCAGUAAUCAUUUUCAUCUGAAAGGGAAUAAAGUUUUAUAUUCUUAAUUCACUUCUCUUUGCAUUUUUUUUUCAUUUUCAUUUAUUUUGUUAUUUUCUGAAAGAGCGUAUAGACUGAUCAUUGUUUGCUUUCUUACUACUGUAUUGCACCUUUACUUUAUGCACAUUUUAUAUGUUAUAUUAUAUAUUUUUUAAGAGAUCUUUUACAGGAUAUCCACUGAGAUACUUAAAUCAUACAUUUUAGUUUUAACGUAGAUAAAUUAGGACACUUUAAGCAGAACAAUAUGGAAUUUGUUGUUUUUUCUGCCUUAUUUAAACAAAAAGGGUUAAACUCGUUUCAUUUUCGGUCUCUUAGCACAAUAAAAAUUAUUAUUGUGGAUAUUGGAGUGAACGAAACGUAUGAUCUAAAAGUUUUCACACAAGUUUAAAAUACCUUCAUCAAAAUUUAUGGUAGACAAAAAUCGAAAUAUUAUUUCCAUUCCUGUUUUGUCAAACAUGCUCAGUAGAUUCCUUUUAAAUCUAUGUGAAAUUAAACAAUAUAACAUUGAUAUGCUGACGUGUAAAUCCUUUAGUAUAAUUUCAGGUAUACUUAGGAAAUCCCUUGCAUUUUAUAUGAUUGUAUUGUUUCAAAUAUAAAUAUGUGUUCACCACAUUAUAUAUAUAUACAUGUGUGUAUGGUAUUGCAGUAGGAGCAUCCAAACGAUGUGUUAUAUUUUCUUAGAGACCACUGUUGUUGUUGUUGUUGUUGUUGCUGCUGCUGCAUAGCUUUAAAUUCAUUAAAACUUUUUACCGAAAAAAUGACAGUUACACAUAUGUUAAGAUUGACCCGGGUUUGAAAUGUAGAACACAUUUCCUUAUGCAAAGCAUGAUUUGUAAAUAAAUAAGCACCAGCUUAGCAAAUUGAUAAAAAAAAUUUCAAACAAUAAAUAUCAUAUAAUGAUU